AGAGCGGGCUAGGUUUGAGACGAGGAACUCCACAAAUCAAAACUUUAAAUACAUAUUUAUUAACGCUGACUAUAAGUGAUCAAGGAAUUUCGGAAUUUUUUUGUUGACGUGCUGUUGGAAAUAAUGUCAAGUUGUGUAACAAAUAAUAUAAACUACAGUAGUGAGCUGGUGACUGUGUACGGAAGACGGGGAGAGGACUUCCAAAAACAUGUGAGGUUUCAGGUUUGUAAUGCAAGGUAAAGAGAUAUCUUUAUAAGAUUAAUCGCAAAUUUCUAACAUACGAUAAUAAUAGCAACCAAUUUCAGUCUAAGAUAUUUUCCAAUGUUUAAUAAUUUAUUUUAAAACAUUGCUCAAUCAUCAUGCGAGGGUCGCCCUUCUUUUGUUUUGCUAAUGUUAGUAUCAAUUUGUGAAUCGGAAGUGUAACAAUUCAUUCCCGCCGUUCCGCGUGUGAAUUUAGACACAAUUAUCGCCAACAUUCCAUUUUUAUUUGAUUAAGUGCUCACAUUUAUUACUCACGUUAUUUCUCGUUUUAUUUCUUUUGUAAUGGAAACGUUAGAAAAUGCUGUGUUUCUGUCAUUGAAACAAAAAGCUUUGACAUUACAACUUUAUAAAGAUCUGAGAUUUGUAAGGGGUUUUGAUGAUUUGAAGAUUCAUCAGGUUGAUGAAUUGAAUUUAGUCUAUCUGACGGGACAUUUGCCAGAGAACAAUGAACAAGAAGUCUUUUUUCCAUUAGCUGCAGAUGAAGCUAUAUCAUUAAACAGAAUUGCUGUCUUUCAAAAUCAUCUUUUACAACACCACAAUUCAAAAAGGCUGACUUUGGCACUAAUUGAUGCUGAUUCCACAACAGUUUACUUCUGCAUCACUCCUGGCCUAUUACCUCCAUCAGAAUUGGAAUCAAAAAAAUAAAAAAAACUUUUGCUAUACAGUUUAUUCAAGAUCAUGACUUUCCAAAUUUGAAUUUGCAAAAUUUAAUCAAACACUGCCCAGGUAUCAUCUACCUCCUUCCCAACUUUCUCAUCAACCACCUGCUUAAGUUGUUCAUCAGUUAUGGAAUGAGCCCAAACUGGAAUAGCUGAAUUGGGAAGUAUUACUUUUGACAUUAUUGACUUUAUAGUUUCAAUUUGUGUAGUAUCAAGUGGAAUGCUAGGUUUUUCACUACAGCUAACAGCUGGAGUUGAAGUUUCUAUUGUCACUAGGUUAUGGUAAUCAUGGCUUGUUCUAAUCUGGAAUUCCUGACCAUCAUAAGUGCUGUAUCCAAAUUCCACAUUGUCAUCUUCAUUGUCAUCUUCAUUGUCAUCUUCAUUGUCAUCUUCAUUUUCACAGUUUGAAGUUGGUAGAAGUUCAUAACCAUUUGGUCUGAUUUCUUGUGGCUCUUCACUAUCUUCUACUUCAGCCAGGUCUCUGAAAAUGUAGACAGGAAAGAUGUACUAUUAUGAUAAAAAAUCUAGUAUAAAUUCUGGAACGUAGAAAAAGACCUAUCGGUUAAAUCAGCGUUGAACUCGUCGUGGGCUGGGUUAUUUUCGUCCCCAUUCUCAGGCGCACGACCCAAAUCUGGCUCCGGAGAAUUUCCUGUCAUUUUCUUACGAUUUGUCCAACUACGAAAAUCUCUGAAAGUGAGAAAAACACUCGAAAAUUGACGUAACGCAGUAAACCGUGCACUUGGUAAAACGUGGACGCGGAUUUAUGUAUUAUUGAAUUGCCUCCUCGCAAGGGGUGGAGCCAAGUGUAUUCCCCCUAACAUUGUGCUGUACUUCCUUCAUUAAUUACGUUAAUUUAAACUUUUCUUUCGUAGGUCAUAUCUUAAACGUAGUUUUUUAAAAAUUGUCUAGCAAUAAAUUUUAGUAUUUUCUUCA